UAGCCCUGGGGCUAAUUAUAUUUUAUGUUAAUUCCGUUUUCCUGUGUGUGGUUUUGAACAAGGAAUGAGUCAGCGCUCAGGUGAUUUCCUGUAAACCUGCUUCCCACCUUAAUUUGUAAAAUAAAGGAGAGCUGAUGAUUGGGCAGAUAAAAGGGAAGGUGGAAUGGAAGGUGGAGAAAGAAGAAGGAGAAAAUGGAUGAAGGAGAGGACGCGGAGGAGGAGGAGGAAGAAGAAAAGCGGAGCAGAAGCACAUGGCCUGGAGAAACUGCAAGCUCUAAGGGGUCUCAUAGAUGUGGAAGAUGGUCGUGUAGCGGUAGAUCUGUCCAAACUAGUAAAAGGAGGGCGGAAAGGCCACCUGCAGCACCGCCCUCAACUUGUAAGGAACCGGCGUCCCCGGACCGCCCUCUCUGCAGGGCCUGAGUCUGCGUAGGACUUGGAGACAAGAAGGAGGCGGGUCCGCGCAAGCGCACUGGCACUGAAGUGAUGGCGGCGGCCGAGCGGGCAUGGGGAGCAGCGGUCGGUGUAGUCCGGCUGUGCAGGCGGUUCUGUCAUGUAGCGACUCCACACACCUUUAAGAAACAACCUCUGCAUCAAUAUGUACGGAGACCACUUUUCCCGCUGCGCGCACCCUUGUGUAACACAGUACGAUUCAUGUUUAUUCAAACACAAGACACCCCAAAUCCCAACAGCUUAAAGUUUAUACCAGGAAAGCCGGUUCUUGAGACGAGGACCAUGGAUUUCCCCACCCCUGCUGCAGCUUUCCGCUCCCCUCUGGCCAGACAGUCUGCUAGGGAUCUGAACUCAGACCCUCGCGCUUGUGUGCCCUGCACUUUCUCCGCCGAGGCGGUUUCCCCAGCACUUCUCGAGGCUGGCCACAAACUCACUGUGCACCUGAAGAUGGCCUCCAACUCCUCCUGCCUCCACUUCCUAGGAGUUGGGAUUACAGAUGUGUCCCACUUCACCCAGCUUGAACUCCGAUUUUCAAGAACCACGGAAAGGCAGUUAUUCAGAAUUGAAGGUGUGAAAAGCGUCUUCUUCGGACCAGAUUUCAUCACAGUCACAAAGGAGAAUGAAGAGUUAGACUGGAAUUUACUGAAACCAGACAUUUAUGCCACAAUUAUGGACUUCUUUGCAUCUGGCUUACCCCUAGUGACCGAGGAGACGCCUCCGCCUCCGGGAGAAGCAGGUAGCUCUGAGGAAGAUGACGAAGUCGUGGCAAUGAUUAAAGAACUGCUAGAUACUAGAAUAAGGCCAACUGUGCAGGAGGAUGGGGGCGACGUGAUCUACAGGGGCUUUGAAGAUGGCAUCGUGCGGCUGAAGCUCCAGGGCUCCUGCACCAGCUGCCCCAGCUCCAUCAUCACCCUGAAGAGCGGGAUUCAGAACAUGCUGCAGUUUUAUAUUCCAGAAGUGGAAGGUGUGGAGCAGGUGAUGGAUGAUGACGAAUCAGAUGAAAAAGAAGCAAAUUCAUCUUAAAUAAUCUGCAUUUUCUUUGGCCACAACCAUUGGACCUAUCUUUACUGAUCCUGUAAUUAUAGUCUCUGCUAUGGAAGUUUAUUAAUAAAAGGUUUCCUUCCUCCAGAAUGAUAUAAAUA